ACUCUAUGAGAAGAGAGAGACACGAUAAGAUUGGAUCUUUGAGGAUAUUUAUGAACGAAAUAUUUAAAGUCUCGGGGAAAGCGUGCUUGUAAUACCAAUAAAAAGUCCGACUUAAUGUCCUCUAAUGUUAUUGUUUUGUUAUUAACAUCUGAGAUUUUACAUUAGAAGAUGCUUCGUACAUCACAGUUUGCUAAAAUUCUCUACAAAAAUAGAGAUUUAAAGAAAUUUUUAGCAAAUUAUGGAAACAUAACUCGAUCUAUGAGUAGUGUUACGACAUGGAACAAAGACUGGAAACCAGGUCCAUAUCCUCGAACCAAAGAAGAAAAAAUUGCUGCAGCCAAGAAGUAUUAUAUGCUACCCGAGGAUUAUGAACCGUAUCCUGAAGAAGAAGGUUUUGGUGAUUAUCCAAAGUUUAAAAUGGUACACAUGGAAAAUAGGAAUCCUCAUGAGCCUUAUGAUUGGGAAUCCCUGAAGAGAAAUUACUGUGAACCAAUGCAUCCUGAUUUUGAUCUGUGUGUCGAGGAUAAAAUAAAUUUUGAUAAGAAAUUCAAAACACCUUUGUGGAGACAGUUUAUUUAUUUAGCAACUGGUGUGACUUUGUGGAUGACUAUUGGCUACUGGGACAUCACACAUCCUUUAGACCAACACAUUGUCAAUAAACAAUAUCCACACAGCGGUCAAGUUCAUUACAGCUUUGAACCUGCAGAAGAGUGAAUUAUUCUAAGAGUGAAAUUAUUGUAGAUAAAUGUUUAAUGCUUUAAUUUGUAUUUCAUUAAAACUGAAUAAUAUGAA